UAUAAAACAGCGAUUCUUCCCAUUUUGACUCCCCUGCUCCCUCAGACUCUCUCUCUCUCUCUCUCUGUUCUUCCUCGUUCAAAAUCUCAUCCUUUAUUUAUUCCUCCCUUUUACUUUUUCUUAAUGCUUCGUCAGUUUCAGUCCUCCAUGUAGUAGUAACAACAACCAUUUGUCUCCUUCAAAUUUCCCAUCUUUCUCCGCCAUGGAUUCAAACUACCCAACCAAGUACACAGAGAAGAGAACCCUCACCAAGAAGCUUGUCAAGCAUUUCCCGAACGUUGCAGUCCCUAAGAUUGUCCGGAUUUCCGUCACCGACGAGGACGCGACCGACACGUCCAGCGACGAAGAAGAACAAGACCAACAACAACGACUGACGAAGAGGGUCAUCAACGAAGUGAGAAUCGAAGAGGAGUCCGAGGCGGUCAGGGUGUUUCUGGCCAAGAAUCAGAAGCAAAAGCCGAAGCCUUUACCGGAGGAGAAGAGGAAGUUCCGGGGCGUACGGCAGCGGCCGUGGGGCAAAUGGGCCGCCGAGAUUCGUGACCCGGUCCGCAAGUCCCGUGUCUGGCUCGGAACGUUCCAGACGGCGGAGGAGGCGGCGAUGGUGUACGACAGAGCUGCCAUUCAGUUGAGGGGACAUAACGCUCUCACGAAUAUCAUCGCUCCUCCUUCCAAAAUUCUCAUUCCGGAUCACGAUUCUUCUUCGAAUGAGUCCAGUUCGAUCAACAAUCUUUCUUGUUCGAAUGCGUCCAGUUCGAUCGACCAUAUUGUUGUGAUAGAUGAGUAUGAUUCCGGGAAAGAGUGUCAGAGCAUUCGCUCCCCGACCUCUGUUCUCAGUGGUAGUGACAACGAGUGGAGACCUGGGUCGAAGGAGCAGGAUUUCGUUAAAGACUAUGGUUACUUUGAUGGUGUGAUCAGUCCCACUGAAGCUAUAUUCUUCGGUGUUACAGAGCCGAUUCUGUUGGAGGAAAUGAACUUGGUGCCGGAAACAAUGUUGCGAGACGAUUUGUCCGACAUUUCGCUGGAUUCCGUUGGGGAUUUCAGGUCAUGUAAAUGGAAUGUGGAGGAUUUCUUUCAAGAUCAAUGUGGUGGUUUCUGAGUGAAUAAAUGCAUCAUAAGUGACAUAGAUGAGGAAUAGUCCAUGUUAGUAUUAAUCCCCUCUAAAUUUUUGUUCUCAAGUGUGUAGGAAUGAAUGUGAUUUGAAUGUGUGAUCCUAGUUUAUUGGAUAUUGGACUCUUUCAUGAAAUUCGUUAGGUAGGUACACUAAAUAAUGUUCUGUAAUUUAACAAUUUCAUUUCAAGAAAUUCGAGUUAUGGUAAAUUACAGUUAAUGUUAAUAUGA